CAAUGAGCGGGGUGCUGUCAGGGGUAACCACAUGUGUCAGCCACUCUCGGCCAAUAAAGAGCGGAGCGAGGCGGACCACAGGUGCGCGCCUCUGCCUUGCGUCCCUUUGGCACAGCGCCCCGGAGAUGCUGGAGAGAGACGCCUCGCUGCCCCGUGGCGCGCACCGCUUUCCCGUCAAAGGCAGCCUCCUUCCGUCUCCCCCCUCCUGCUCCCCACCCGGGCGGUGAUGGCGACCGCCACGUCCAACCACUUCAGCGUCCUCAGCAGCCCCGGCAGCCCUCCGCCGCCGCCGCAGCAGCAGCAGUCGGAGUCCGAAACCAUGCAGCAGCAGCAGCAGCAGCAGCAGCAGCAGUACAGGGACGCGCACGCCCUGCUUCAGAGCGACUACGGCGCGCACCCGCUCAGCCACGCGCACCAGUGGAUCGCGGCGCUGUCUCACCACGGGGACGCCGGCGCCCCGUGGCCCCCCAGCCCGCUCGGCGACCAGGACGUCAAGCCCGUGCUGCAGCACGACGGCGACCGCGAGGAGUUACGCGACACCGGCGGCGGCGACGCGCAGCAGCGACACCCUCACCCCGCGCAUCACGACGCCAGAGGAUGGCGCGCCGGCAGCGCCGCCUCCGCGCACAUCCCCGCCAUGGCGACGUCUGAGGGUCAGGGUCUGCUCUACUCUCAGUCCGGCUACGGCUUGAUGUCCGGCGGCGAGCAGCAAGGCGGCAUGCACCACCACCACCCGCACCCGCACGUGCACGCGCACCACCCGCUCGCUCGGGACGACGAGCAGCAUAGCCACAGCCCGCACCUGAGCGACCACGGAGGCGGGCCGACGCCGCCGCAGCUGCCGCCGCAGCAGCACCAGGACCACUCGGACGAGGACACGCCGACCUCGGACGAGCUGGAGCAAUUCGCCAAGCAGUUCAAGCAGCGGCGCAUCAAGCUCGGCUUCACUCAGGCCGACGUGGGCUUGGCCCUGGGGACCCUGUACGGCAACGUCUUCUCGCAGACCACCAUCUGCAGGUUCGAGGCGCUGCAGCUCAGCUUCAAGAACAUGUGCAAGCUGAAGCCGCUGCUGAACAAGUGGCUGGAGGAGGCCGACUCGACUUCGGGCAGCCCCACCAGCCUGGACAAGAUCGCGGCGCAGGGCCGCAAGAGGAAAAAGAGGACCUCCAUCGAGGUCGGCGUCAAAGGGGCCCUGGAGAGUCACUUCCUCAAGUGCCCCAAGCCCGGCGCGGCCGAGAUCAACUCGCUGGCGGACAGCUUGCAGCUGGAGAAGGAGGUGGUCCGGGUUUGGUUCUGUAACAGAAGGCAGAAGGAGAAGCGGAUGACGCCCGCCGGGGGGGCCCUGCCGGGAAGCGAGGACAUGUACGGGGACAGCCCCCCGCACCACGGAGGACAGACCCCGGUGCAGUGACCUCAACU